AUGGAGAUAACAAUGCCUUUUCACCCUCAUUCCUCAGCUCGCCCCCAUCCAUGUCAACGCGAUCCGGAUGCACGCGGACCCCGUGGGCUUGUGACCAGGGUAACUUUCCGGUUUAGUUACAAAGACGGCGACCACACUGCCUAUUUUGCUCCUUCGAUGACCUAUGGGUAUCCUUCUCCAUUCAUUGGCCAAAGCUCUCUGGAAAUAAGGCCGUCUUGCCGUGAAGUAAACAUGUAUAUAGAAAUCCUAUAUUGGAA